UUCCCCACAAACACUCUGCACCGUUAUCUCCUACAUGGCUACAUGAAUUCGAGUCUAAGUUCCUUUCAAGCAGAGCUUCCACCACGGCAUUCAUGGUGGGAAGGUCAUAUCAAGCGUGCAAUCUGGGUAAUCUCAAGUUCCAGUCUUCUAGAUCUAAACUAAAAAUCUCCAGAUCUGAAGUAGAAAAUUCGUGACAGUCAACUAAUUGUCAUCUCCAUGCACAUUUCAAUUCUCUAUAUAAACCACAAUUUUGGGCACAAAAGCUAAAAAGCCAUUCAUAUUUAAGCACUCCCUUCUUGUUUCCCUCCACUCUCUUCUUGUACCAAGAUGCUGAAGCUUAAAGCUUGAAGCUUGAAGCAAUCAAUUUCGCCUAAGGAUUGAUUGCAUUUCUUCCCAGUUCCACAUUGCGCACUGUCAAUGAGUCUCGUUUCCAGGAUUCCUUCAAGCCCUCAUUUCUCCUCCCAGCUCCCUUACUCGAAAAAUCCCGUUUUUUUGAGAGUUUUCUGCAUUCAAUGUGUCUGGGAGAAUAAUAGCCCGCCAGGUGUUUGAGGAAAGUCCAGGGCUUUCUCAGUUUUCGAAUUUGGGGAAGCAAAGUCGAAAUGGUGGCGGAGCGUUGGCUGUUGAGGAUGGGGAAUCAGGUGAGCAGUAAUGUUAAGCACGCUUUACUUCUCGAGAAUUCGAAAAAAUUGAAUUCCAAGAAACAGGUGAUAGGCAUACUUUCUUUUGAAGUUGCUAGUGUAAUGUCCAGGAUUAUUCAGCUGUACAGUUCUUUGUCUGACCAUGAGGUGCAUAAGCUCAAAAAUGAAAUCUUGAAGUGUGUAGGGAUAAGAACUCUGGUCUCUGAUGAUGAAACUAGGCUGUUAGAGUUAGCCCUUGUUGAGAAACUGGAUGAUUUGGGUAGAAUUUCUAGUGUGGUGUCUAGGUUGGGGAAGAAGUGCUCAAUCCCUGCAUUGCAGGGGUUUGAGCAUGUGUAUGGGGAUGUUACUUCUGGGGCUAUUGAUGUGAAGGAAUUGGGGUUUUUGGUUAAGGAUAUGGAUGGCAUGGUUAGGAAGAUGGAGAGAUAUGUGAACUCCACGGCGAGUUUGUAUGGUGAGAUGGUGGUGCUGAAUGAAUUAGAAGUGGCGACGAGGAAGUUUCAGCAUAAUCACCAUGAGGAGAGUAGGAAAGCUUAUGAGCAAAAGUUGGCUUGGCAGAAACAAGAUGUGAGGCACUUGAAGGAUGUUUCGCUUUGGAAUCAGGAUUAUGAUAAGAUCGUGGAACUGUUAGCUAGGACGUUAUGUACUGUUUAUGCCCGGAUUAGUACUGUUUUUGGAAAUAGAAUUGUGAGGAAGGUUUUGUUGAGUUCAGUCGGGAGUACUCAAUUCGAAUACGGUGGAGGUUUGCACCAGGCGAAAUCUGGUCAGGUUGAUCGAGAGUGCAUGCCUUUUGACACAACAAAACGAGUUAUGAGCAAGAAGAAUAACUGCAGCCAUUCAGGCGGGCAUAUUGGAAGAAGAACCGUAGAGAGGAGGAAUGCUAGCUACCAUCCUCAGAAUGGGUUGCAAAGAAGUGAACCGGGAUUUUUUUGUCCAGAUGAUUUCAAUUUUGCCUGUGGAAUGGGACCGGGAAGGUUAUUUAUGGAAUGCAUAAGUUCAAGUUCUGCUUUGAAGGAUGACGACGAUGAUGAUGAUGUUGGUACUAAUAAUGGAACCAGUCAGAGAUAUUGCAGCGUUUCGAGUGGAAUGAGGAUGGAACAACCAAAUUUCCCGGGUUGCUUUUCUUGUUCCUCUAGUGAUGUUCCUUUCAGUGGUCAGGGCAGUAUGAGCAACAAUGCAAGGUUCGGACCGAGAAACAAAGUUACGCUCUACACUUGCCCUAGAACCGUUGGAGGCUCUGCUUUGGCGUUGCACUAUGCAAACGUCAUAAUUGCCAUAGAGAAGCUGCUUUGCUACCCACAUCUAGUUGGCGACGAAGCUAAGGACGAUUUAUAUCAAUUGUUGCCAUCAAGCCUAAGAAAAACCUUGAAGGCUAAUCUGAAGUCUUAUAUGAAAGGUUUGGCAAUAUAUGAUGCACCUCUCGCCCACGAUUGGAAACAGAGGCUCGACGAGAUUCUGCAGUGGCUAGCUCCACUGGCAUAUAACACAAUCAGGUGGCACAGCGAGCAUAACGUCGAGCAGCACGAAAUUGUCAAAAAGACAAACGUACUCCUGCUCCAGACACUGUAUUUUGGCAACCUCGAAAAGACAGAAGCCGCAAUCUGUGAGCUGCUUCUAGGCCUAAAUUACAUAUGCCGGUAUGAGCACCAGCAAAACGCUUUGCUCGACUAUGCAAGCAGCUUGGAUUUCGAAGACUGCGCAGAGUGGCAGUUGCAAGUCAGAGCUUCUCUUCAUAACUAGGUACACAGUUUAUGUUUAUAGUUUCUUAGCUAGCUUCAUUUGUUUGAUAAAAGUAGAAUAAAUCAGAUGAUAAUAGGUCAAACAGGGUGACAGUAUCAGAAUUCAGAACCUUGGACAUUAAGGAUGUCUAAAGAUAAUUAUAAUCUUUCAUUGCUAGUUAUGAAUACAAUGUAGCAUUGUAUCUUGUAUAUAUAUGCUCUUCAUAUAUGAAUCAGCAGAUCUUCUCAUCUUC